AUGGUUCACAAGAUUCUUUUCUGGGCCGGUUUCGGCAUCGCCACACGCUUCGUCCAACUCGGCAUAGAGAUGAGACCGUUCUUUCAACGCGGCACGUUAUGGGUGUACCCGUUAUUUGCGAGCAUCGGGGGUUCGUUCGGUUAUUGGUUGACCGGCGUGGAAAAUAGACAAGUGAAGCUCCUGCAACAGCGGAAAGAGAUUAUAAUUGAGAAAAGACGGCGGAGAGCAGAGCGCGAAGCAGCUGCUGGCAGUCCCGCCGAGACCGCAGGCGUCCUGGCAUCCACGAGUUAA